AUGUCUGCAGAGGUCGCAAAGAAGAGAGGGCGGCCAAAGAAGGUUAUUUCUGACCCGGUAGAGGUGGAGGUUCUGGAGACUGCGAAGAAGGCGACAACCAGGGCGAAAUCUACAAAGACGGCCGCGAAGGGAGUGAAAGCAGCUCCGGCGACACCUGCGAAGGCUACUGUCGUGAAGAAGAGUGUGUCAAAAGCUGCUGAGAUACCUGUAGUGUCGAAGAUAGCGACGAAGAGUUCUGCACCAAGUGCGAAACCGGUUGAGAAGGCAAUUGUCGCCAAACCUACCCCCACUUCCCCGACGACGUCGAAGAUAUUGGAACAGGUGAAGGAACUGGAAGCGAAGAAGGGGAAUGUCACACAAGAGUCUGCAAAGGGAACAGCACCGACGGACGGCAAACUGAAGGGAGAAUCGACACCAGAGUCAGCUAAAAUGGUCGAAAGGUCACAGCAGCAAUCCAGUACCAAGCCAUCUACGAUCUCAUCAAAACCCCAACCAACAAUGGCAACCAAACCAACCCCUCCAUCCUCACAACCCAAACCAUUUCCCUCUCCAAUCUCACCAAAUCCAAAGGCCCCGACAAAAGCUUCCCCUCCCCCUCCCCCUCCCUCGAAAUCCACACCACCACCACCCCCUCACUCAGCCGCAAAACCUACACCCAAACCACCACACGUCCCAAUCGCCGAACUCAAUUCCGCGAUCGUUUCCAAUAUCGCGGCGAGAGCGGGAGCACGACCCAAUACCGCGGGAAGCCAGCAGUUGCCGAAGAAUUAUAGGCCUGUUGCGAGGAAGGUCACGAUGGCGAUUGUGGCGCUGCCGAUUGCGAUUGUGACGAGUUAUGUGUUGUAUCAGAGAUUGGUUCUGGGAGAGGAGAAGAAGUUGUUCCCGAUGCCGAAACAGAUGAUGGGUGUAGAUACGGAGACGAAGAUUGAGCUGUCGAGUUCAGGGUCGAAUUCGACUCCAGCUUCGAGUCAGUAG